GGAACCUAUUCGCAACGUGACCGGCUUCUUCCGAUGGCAGCAGCACCAACCGCGCGGGCGCAAAGCCUUUCCCUUCCCAAGAGCAAGUUGGCGCGGAUCAGACGCCCAGGAGUGGUGGUACAGGAAGGAAGGAAGGAAGGAAGGAAGGAAGGCGGCCGAACUGACCUCGGCAUCAGAGCGCUUUCUGAACUCACGCCACCAACUCCCCCGACUUCCGCGCGGGGCGCACCGCGCGUAUCCAUCCACCCAUCCACCACACGGUUAGUUGCUGCCCCGCCCUGCCCUGCUCCCAAACCCCCGCGUCUCCCUCGCCUCACGAUCGGCGGCGGCAUGGCGCGCGAGGCCCAUCUCGGCGGGGACGCCGCCGCGGCGGCCAAGGACAAGAACGCCGAGGCCGACGCUCUGGCGGCGGCGGACGGCGGCGGCGGAGGGGCGAGCGCCGCCGGCGGGCACAAGCUGUCGCUGGUGCCGCUCAUCUUCCUCAUAUUCUUCGAGGUGGCGGGGGGGCCCUACGGCGCGGAGCCGGCGGUGCAGUCGGCGGGCCCGCUCUACGCGCUGCUGGGCUUCCUCGUCUUCCCCUUCAUCUGGGCCGUCCCGGAGGCGCUCGUCACCGCGGAGCUCUCCACCGCCAUGCCGGGGAACGGCGGCUUCGUGCUCUGGGCUGACCGCGCCUUCGGGCCCUUCUCGGGCUCCCUCAUGGGCACCUGGAAGUACGUCUCGGGCGCCAUCAACGGCGCCGCCUUCCCGGCGCUCUGCGCCGACUACCUCGCCCGCGUCGUGCCCGCCGUCGGGGGCGGCGGGCCCAGGGUCGCCGCCAUCGUCGCCUUCAACGUCGCGCUCUCCUUCCUCAACUACACGGGGCUCACCGUCGUGGGCUGGGCCGCCGUCGGGCUCGGGGUCGCCUCCCUCUCGCCGUUCCUGCUCAUGUCCGGCGCCGCGCUGCCCAAGAUCCGCCCCAGGCGCUGGGGCGGCGUCGCGGCGGAGAAGGACUGGAAGCUCUUCUUCAACACGCUCUUCUGGAACCUCAACUACUGGGACAGCGUCAGCACCAUGGCCGGCGAGGUGGAGCGGCCAGGGAAGACGCUGCCCAAGGCGCUCGUCGCAGCCGUCUCCAUGACGUCGCUCGGGUACCUGCUGCCGCUCAUGGCCGCCACGGGCGCCGUCGACGUGGCGCCGGAGGACUGGGGGAACGGAUUCUUCGCCGACGCCGCAGGCAUGAUCGCCGGCAGGUGGCUCAAGUACUGGAUCGAGGUGGGCGCGGUGCUGUCCUCCAUCGGCCUCUACUCGGCGACGCUGAGCAGCGCGGCGUUCCAGCUGCUGGGCAUGGCGGACCUGGGCCUCCUCCCCCGCGUCUUCGCCGCGCGCGCCCCCGUCUUCAACACGCCCUGGGUCAGCAUCGUGGCCACUAGCGCCAUCACCCUGGGCAUGUCCUUCUUCAGCUUCAACAACAUCGUGGCCGCCGCCAACUUCCUCUACAGCCUGGGCAUGCUCCUCGAGUUCGCCGCCUUCAUCUGGCUCCGCGCCAAGCGGCCCGACCUGCCGCGGCCGUACCGCGUGCCGGCGCGCCUGCCGGGCGCCGUGGCGCUGUGCCUCGUGCCCUCGGCGUUCCUCGUCUUCGUCAUGGCCAUCGCCGGGUGGAAGGUGUACGCCAUCAGCGCGGCGUUCACGGCAGCCGGGGUCGGGGUGUACUACCUCAUGCGGCUCUGCAAGGCCCGGGGCUGCCUCAGGUUCAGCGACGGCGGCGACGACGAGGGGGCGGCGGCGGCGGCGGCGGCGGCGUACCAGCGCCAGGGCAGCAGGAGCGGCGACGUCUGACGACAUCGUCGAUCGGUCGCCGGAUCGGAGGGGUCGAGAUUGUAUUCACACGCACGUACACAUUUUUUUUUCUUUUUUGGUGCCUGCAGCUCCGGCGUGCUGCGUCCUGUAAUGUUGGUAUCGGGGACGUCGUUCUUGGGCAAAAUGCAUAGGAAUUUGUAGGAUCGUUUAGUGUUUGGCUGGCAUUGCUGACGGAAUGAUAGUUUCUUUUCUUGCUCGA